AUGCUGACCCCAGGUGUUGAAAUUGAAGAAGAUGGUAAGGCGAGCUCUGGGGAUGAUGAUUUAUUCAUCAUGAGGAACGUCUCUGAGGCCACUGAGCGUAUGCUUAGACCACUUAACGUGGGCGUUGGACACCGACCGGAAGCCACCAUCCGCCGAUUAGUCAUGCAGCCAAAGGGUAGGCUGCCCCCUGAGGACAUGUCCGGUGUCAUUUACCGCGUCAACUGCCUAGACUGUCAGGCCAACUAUUGCGGCAUGACAAACAAACGACUUAAAACGCGCAUACAUGAGCACACCUUAGCCGUCAAGCGGAAAGAUGCGCGCUCACACGUCGCCAUGCACAGUCUAGAAAAUGGCCACCGGUUUGACUUUGACGGCGCCCAAGUGCUCGGCCGAGCGGAAAACAGACUGGCGCGAGAAAUAAUCGAGGCCUGGAAAACAGACACCAACUCCAUCAACCGCUGCGUCGAACUACCGGCACCAUACGAGGCCGCCAAACACCACCUACGCACCAGGGGAGGCCCAAUGAGGAUAGAAGUUGACGGCCCUGUCAGGCGAGAGCGAGAGGGACCUAUUUAA